GCCGGCCUUUGGCAGCGCCGGUCGCGCACAUGGCCCGUGCCAGGUAAAGGGCAUGCGGCCCGCGCUCGCCGCGCUCGCGGCCUGCUGCGUGGUGGCGCGCGCCGAGCUGCCCUCCGCGCGCCUUGCUUCGCGCAACACCACCACCCAGCACGUGCUUCAAUGCUCCGAAGGGCUCGUCCUUCCACUCUGGCUGCCUCUCGAAGAUGUUCCAACACUUCAAAUCGCCUUACGAGGCUUCGUUUAUUUCUUCACUCUUAUGUACCUUUUCAUUGGAGUAUCCAUCGUUUCUGAUAGAUUUAUGGCUGCAAUCGAAGUCAUAACAUCAAGGGAAAAAGAGGUGCGCGUGCGACGUAAUGGAAGCGAGCAAAUUAUUGUAGUACGAGUAUGGAACGAAACCGUUGCGAAUUUGACGUUAAUGGCCUUAGGGUCCAGUGCACCUGAGAUAUUGCUCUCCGUCAUCGAAAUAGCCGGGAAGAAUUUCGAAGCUGGAGAUUUGGGACCGGGUACAAUCGUCGGGUCAGCGGCGUACAAUUUAUUCGUGAUAAUCGCAAUCUGCGUUAUGGUGAUACCAGAUGGAGAAGUGAGAAAAAUAAAGCAUUUACGAGUGUUCCUUGUAACCGCAACUUGGUCAAUAUUCGCUUAUGUCUGGUUAUAUCUUAUACUAGCUGUAAUAUCACCGAGCGAAGUUGAAGUAUGGGAAGGAGCCGUUACAUUUUUAUUUUUCCCCGCAACCGUAAUGACAGCGUAUAUUGCAGACAGAAGGCUUUUAGUUUACAAGUAUUUAAAGAAAGGAUAUAGAGUCAACGAACGAGGAGUUAUUGUUGAAGGCGAAGGUGACGGUUCCGUUGAGAUGGCUUUAAAACCAAAUUCUGAUGAAUUUGCCUCAGAUGACGAAGAAGGUCGAGAGUUAGAUAAGUCUCGUAAAGAGUACAUCUCAGUGUUACGCGAGUUAAGAAGGCAACACCCCGAAGAAGAUUUAGAAACAGUAGAGCGGAUGGCGUUGGAGACGUUGAUGGCUCGCGGACCGAAGUCACGCGCUUUUUACAGAGUUGCCGCAACGAGAAAAAUGACCGGAGGAGGUGAUUUCUCUCGAAAAAUAUCAGAGAGAGCGCAGAGCGAUUUGAGUGAAGUGAAAGCUGAAUUACAACGGCGAGAAUCGACCUCUGUAGCAGUUGAGCCAAAAGGGCCAAACCUGCGUUUCGAUCCCGAUCAUUACACCGUAAUGGAGAACUGCGGAUCUUUUGAAGUACGAGUAAUUCGCCGUGGAGAUCUGAGUGGUGAGGUCACCGUACAGUACAACACUGAAGACGGAACUGCUGAGGCAGGAUCAGAUUACGUUGCUGCACAAGGUUCUCUGGUAUUCGGUCACGGUGAAACAGAGAAGAAGUUCACCGUACAAGUUAUAGAUGACGAUGUGUUUGAGGAGGAUGAACACUUUUACGUUCGAUUGACAGCACCGAAAGGCGCCUGUUUAGCUUCACCAUCUACCGCGACUGUAGUGAUAUUGGACGACGAUCAUUCUGGAGUGUUUUCAUUCCCUCAGAGGGAUUUUGAGUUAACUGAAUCGGUCGGGACUUACGAACUCCGUGUGGUAAGGACGGCUGGUGCUAGGGGCAAGGUGCGGAUUCCAUACUGGACGGAAGACGGUACAGCAAAGAGCGGUGCACAGUUCGAGGCCGUGCAAGAUUCCAUUGUGUUCGAGGACAACGAAACAGAAAAGUUCAUUUCUCUUCACAUCAUCGAAGAAGACAGCUACGAGAAGGACGUUCUAUUUUACGUCAACCUCGGGAACCCGGUGUUGCUCGGGGAUGAUAAUCGUCCUGUCCUGACUGAUAAUGAAGUUGAACACCUGACAACUCUACCUGAGGAAGAAGCCGUUGUUGCCCUAAUGGGGUACCCACGUGCAGGGGAAAUAACUCGUGCGCAACUACGAGUUAAAGAGAGCAAAGAAUUUAAGAAUACUGUAGAUAAAUUAGUGCAAAGAGCGAACGCCUCAAUUAUUAUCGGGACGUCGUCAUGGAAGGAACAGUUCUCAGAGGCUUUGACAGCGAGUUCAGAUAACCCUGACGAGCAACCAUCGUGCGGAGACUAUAUUCUACAUAUUUUCACACUUUUCUGGAAAAUUAUUUUCGCGUUUGUUCCUCCUACGGACAUUGGAGGCGGAUAUGUCUGCUUCGUAGUGUCAAUCAUUUGCAUCGGUCUCGUGACGGCUGUCAUCGGAGAUGUCGCUUCUCACUUCGGCUGCACCCUCGGGAUCAAGGAUUCAGUCACUGCCAUUAUAUUCGUUGCACUGGGGACAAGCAUACCAGAUACAUUUGCAAGCAAAGUAGCAGCAAUCCAAGAUAAACACGCGGAUGCGUCAGUCGGUAACGUCACCGGCUCGAAUGCUGUGAACGUUUUCCUAGGAAUUGGAGUCGCGUGGACAGUGGCCGCGGUUGUCCAUUGGAGUAAAAAUGAGAAAUUCGUCGUUGAUCCAGGAAAUCUAGCAUUCAGCGUCACCAUGUUCUGUUCGGAAGCGGCCCUUGCUGUUUUAGUGUUAGUAUUGCGGCGGAGAAAAUCCAUCGGUGGAGAACUGGGUGGACCACGAGGCAUCAAGAUCGUUACGUCCAUGUUCUUCUUCUCAUUGUGGCUGAUAUAUCUCACCAUGUCCACUUUAGAAGCUUAUGGUUUUAUUGAAGGAUUUUAAUGGUUUUAAUUUUGUGAUCGCUUGAUGGCUUUAUUCGUAAGAACGUAGACGCUUCCUAUUGGAUUAUAUUAAAAGUAAAUAAUUUUUGAUUGGAUCUUUGAAAUGAAUAUUAAAUGUGUUCAAAAAUUUUCUCGUGAUUAAAAUCUGUCGUGUUUUUUUUUUUAUUUAUUGGAACUAUUUCUAGGAAUUCAAAUAAUAUUAAACUAAAUGGCUUACAUUGGCUGUAACCUAUAUUCGACUUUAAAUUAUAAAAUUAUCUCGGCUCUAUCCUAAAUCUAUUUACAAAAAAAUAUUAAAACUUAUAAAUGAAAAAAAAAAAAAUUUCAAAUAUAGAACGUAGAACGAAAAAGAACGAAAGAAGCGGUUCAAAAAUUUAAAAUGACAAGGCAUAGUGUUCCUUUACCUGUAUAUUAUUAUAGUUGAUUAUAUAUUAUAGAUGUUUCCAGAAAUUGAGGCGAUGUGCUCAAAUGUACAGGCUUAGAAUUCGAAAUGUAUUUACUUCUUCUUCUUGAAGUUUUCCCUUUCAGACUUCUAAUAUCAUUAUAUUUAGCCUUGAAGGCUGUGGUAUAAAGGUCUAAGUAGAAUUAAAGUGGAGUUUAUUAUUAUAUUAUAUGUAAUGAAAUCGUGUUGACAAAUGUAACGUAGGCCAUUGUUAGAAUAAUGUUUAAAAUAUAUCAAAAGUAGUCUAGACUAGUGAUGGGCAUAUCUUUGUCGAUAGAAAAUAUUCUUAUUUAGAUUGAAUUUAUAAAUUGUUACAAUUCAUAUUUUUUUAUAUUGAUUUGUAGGAAAUUAAAAGCAAUAUUAUUCACUCGAUUUGCCCCAUCACUAAGCUUGGAUACUUUUAUGAAGGCUACUAUUAAACCAGAUUCUUAUAUUUAUGUCAUAAUUAAGGUCAAUGUAGAUGCUUGGAGGGUUAUAUCAUUUGUUUUAUGAAUCAUCAUCUUCAAGUACAUACAACGUUAAAGCUGCACUCGUGAAUUUGUUAUUAAUUUAAGAGAAUGUUAUUUUUUUAUAUUUAUUUUCAAUCAUUUCUUCUGAAACAUAUACCCCAUAUUAAAUAUUUGAUUUUUUUAAGUCUUAAAAUUAAACUGUCAAUUGAUUUUAAUUAUAAUUGUUUUUUUUUUAGUGUGUACUUGAAGUAUUGAUAACGUUAACUGUCUGUAGUAAUAUUUGCUAUUAAAGGUGACAAACAGCGUUGUCGAUUGAUUAAAUGAAAAAAAUAUUUUUAUCGAUAAUGACAUGUAACGUCACUAUGUGUUUUGAUGUGUUAGUGUUCUGUAUAUAAUCGAAAUGGAUAAAUUAUUUAGUAAUAAAGAAUAUCAUAGAUUGUUACCACGAAAACAAAUAAAAAAAACAGACGAUGAUAGAGCGCGCGGAACAUUAAAGAGGAGCAACAAAAGCGAAUACGAAUUCGUAUAUAAUAAUUUUUAAUUAAAGUGACUUUUAAUGUAUUAACAAAAAGACGCGUCGUUUUACACUAUUCAGAAUUUGUAUUCGCUUUUGUCACUUCACUGACGACGAAUGAUAAACACUUCGCCGAUCCCGAAUAUCAUGAAUGAAUGUACUAUUUGUUAUUAUUAAGUAUUUAAUAAUAUAUUUUGUUAAUAAUGUUUUUUUUUUUUAUAUAAAAGUGUGAAUAAUAUUU